GAGAUAACUGCAACAAAUUAAAUAUUUGAAGAGGGCCAUAGCAAUUACUGACAUAAAAAUUCGAUUUUAAAAAAACUCGAUUUUAAAAUUUAACCAUUUCUUAUUGGAAACGACAACGGCUCUGUCUGCCGCUGCCCAUGUGAGCUGCUCUCCUCUCCUUGAGGAAACCAUUAGCAGAAUAAAACUUGAGCAACGAGGAAAGAAUCCCAAAAUAGCUUCUCUCUUCUCCGGCGAGUUUAGCGGCAGAAGCGGGUGAGUUGAAUGGCAAGACGAUUCCCCAUUGGGGGGCGGCUGUUUUAAAGGAUAUAGUUGAGGGAUUCGUCCUCGUAUGCAAAGAUGAGAGCUUUGAGCAGUUUGGGAAUAGGGCUCAGCCUUGUAUCCGGUUUCCUGCUACUGGCUUUAAUUGCAGAGCUCUACUACUUGUUCUUGUGGAAGAAGAGAGUGCCAAACAGAGAGAUGGAAAAUGACUACCAGAGCCCAAUAAGAGAGCUCCUCUACAUUUUCUGCUGGAAAAAGCCUUCCUUUUUGAGAUCAACUGCUCUCAAUCCUCGAGAAGUAUGCACCUCUGCACAGAUACCUAAUGGAUCUGAUGAUGCUCACAUAGAUUCCGGCUCUAGCAAAGAUUUCCUUAUUCCGUUUGGAAGUGGAGAGGAAAGUAUGGAGGCUGAGCUAAUGAGGCUUCACAGUCUGUCCGGUCCUCCAAGAUUUCUUUUCACCAUAAAGGAGGAGACAAAGGAGGACUUGGAAUCUGAGAGUGGAAGGAGUGGGAAAGGGUCAAGAGGGGGCAGCUUGAGUGAUUUGCUUCUCCCUGCCGAGACUCCAUUUUUAACCCCUCUCUCAUCUCCUCCGUUCUUCACUCCACCCUUAACCCCUAUGGAUUGUUACAGACAUCUUGGAUUCAAUCCCCUCUUUGAGUCCUCAAGAAACGAUGAUUUGGGCACUAAGGUCAGGUCCUCACCUCCUCCCAAGUUCAAGUUUUUGAAAGAUGCGGAGGAGAAGCUUUAUAGGAAGACACUCAUGGAGGAAGCUCUUAAGGCUCAAAAAGCAAACUUUGGGCUUGUUGAAGAUGUACCAAAGGUAAACCAAAGCUCUUAUGCCACUUCUGCAGGGACUGAUGCUUCUUAUUCUCCUUCAGAAGAGGAAGAUGGGUCUUUUAUCACUAUUGUCAUUGGGAAGAACAGAGAGAAAGGUCAUCAUCUUCAUUGUUUAGGCUCCUCACAAGUAAAUCCAUUACCUUCAUCAUCUCCUAUUCAGAGGCGUGCAUAAUACUGGAGUUCUAAGGAGUGGCAACAAAAAUUGAAGUUUUAAUGUUUGCUACCAUGUUGCUCACUCACCAUUUCAUAUGCAGACUGAAUUUAACUUUUUUUUUU